UCCCGUAGAGCUGAUCAACGCACGCGGAAUGGUAAGAUGGCGGCAGACGGAGGCCGAGUUGCGCUCCCCUGCUCCUUCAGCCCCAAAUCGCGGCAGUUUCUGGCCCUCUGCGCACAGGAUGGACGAUUGCGGAUCUGGAAUACCGACAGCAAAACUCUACAGCAGGAAUUUGUUCCUUCCGCGCACUUAAGCGCAGCCUGUACAUGUGUCACAUGGGGACCGUGCCGAACGGCUCAGGAGGUGCCUCAGAGGAAGAGGAGGAAAUGUGAAGCCAGACAGGCAGCUGAGCAGUCAGAUCUGUUGGCACUGGGCACUGGUGCUGGAUCAGUCCUCAUCUACAGUACAGUGAAGGGAGACCUGCACUGCACUCUGGAUGGAGAACACAGUGGGCCAGUGAACAGCAUCCAGUGGCAUCCAGACAGCUCUGUAUUGUACAGUGGCUCAGAUGACACACACAUAGCAGAGUGGGACCUGCAGACAGGAAAAGUUAGCUGCAAAUGGAAGGCAGACAGAUCAGCGGUCAGCAGCCUGUGCAUAAGUCCAGAUGGAAAGCUGCUACUCUCGGCUGGAAUGACCAUCAAGAUGUGGAACCUGGAGACUAAAGAAGUGUACAGGAAAUUUACAGGUCACUCUACCAUGGUAACGACUCUGUGCUUCGCAACAACACGACCCCCAGACAGUGACGGACUGUACUUCUUGUCAGGGGCAGCUCACGACAGGCUCCUGAGUGUGUGGCAGGUGCGGUCUGAUGGUAAAGACAAGAACUCUGUGGUGUCUUUUACUCUGACAGAUGAACCCCAACACAUAGACCUUCAGACUUCCAACAGCAAAGAUGAGGCUGUGAGGUUAGCAGUAGUGUGCAAGGAUGGUCAACUUCAUCUCUUUGAGCACUUUCUGAAUGGACCGUGUAAGAAACCGUUGUCUCCGCUGUGUUCACUGCAAGUGUCCACUAUGACGGGAGAAACACCUGUGCCUGUGCCCUUGCUUGCUGCAGCUCUGUGCGCAGAUCGACAGAACCUGAUGCUGGCAUACGGACAUCACCUGCAGCCUGUCAUAGAGAGAACCCCAUUUAACACAUCAGAGAGACACAUUUGUUUUGUCCGAGAUGUACAUGCCACUCUGUCACUAUCUGUAGACAUGGCUGUCUCCAAGGUGAAGACACCUAUUAUUAAUGAACAAAAGAGCAAAGUUUUAAUACCGGGACUUCCAGGGCACAAACCACCAAUCAAAUUUACACCCAAUGAAUCAGAGAAGAGGAAAAAAGGGUCCAGUACAACAGAGAUGUCUAUAGAAGAGCGAUUGGAGCAAAUUGAGUUGAGUUUUGGAGGGAAGGGUGCUGGUAAAGUGUCGUCCUCCCUGCAGACAGACAGCUUUGCUGUUCUUCUCGUACAGGGCUUGGAGAGCAAAGACGAGAAAAUCCUAAAUAAAAUAUUUCAAACCAAAAAAGAAAUGUUGAUAAAAAACACUGUUGCCCGGGUACCGCCUUCAGCUGUCUUGCCAUUGGUGGAAGAGCUAUCCAGAAGACUGCAGGGGCAUCCAUUUUCGGCUUUGCUUAUAGUACAGUGGUUUAAGGCUGUACUUACACAACACACAUCAUACUUGUCUUCCCUGCCUGAUCUUGUGUCUCAUUUGGGGUCGAUCUACCACAUGAUUGAGAGCAGAGUGAAGUUAUAUCAGCAGCUCACCAGACUUCACGGCAAACUCUACCUGCUCAUGACACAGGCGGCAACAAUCAACAGCACUCACAAAGUUGGUGACAUUGAUCACACAGCCAAACUGGUUUAUGAAGAGGAGUCCUCAGAUGAGGAAGAAGGUUCUGAAGAUGGAGGACGACCCGAGGAUGACUCUGAUGACUGGGAGGAGGAUGAGGCUGCAAUGGAAGUGACGGGAGACAAACAGAAGCAUACAGAGGAUGAUGAGGAAAAUAUGAAUGACGAAUCAAAAGCGAAUGGUGAUUCAGAUCUGGACCCUGAAAAUGAGAGCGAGGAGGAAUAAUAUCCAAUAAGGCCGCAGGAUUAUAAAAGGACCCUUACAUUUAUAUGUAUGCUUUUGUUUUAUUUUUCAUUAUUUUGAAUUUUAUUGUGACAAAAGUUUUUGUAGAAUUUUGAUGACCAUUGUGGCCUGGACUUGUGGUUGUCUCUCUCAGAAUGGUCAUGAGGGUUGUGAUCCCUGACCCAGAAUGAGCGCUCCAUGUGCAGACAGUGCACAUAUGUAUUUGAGGUCCAUUCGGGUCACUGUUCCUUUGACUUGAAACUGCCUCUGUUUUGUUGCUCAGCAAUUAUGAAAUUGUGUGGGAUUCCCAAAGCAAAUUCCUCUCCAUACCCUGCUCGAAUGUAUACUCAAAGGGGUAGUUCAAAAAAAUCAAUGGUCUUCAUCACAAUGUCGCUCCAAAGCAAUGUUUUUCUUCUGUGGAACACAAAAUAAUUUUUUUAAAUAUAAUUUUGAUGCUGCUUUUUUUUUUUUUUUUCAUGCAAUGAAAGUAAAUGGUGAUAGGCUGUUGGACUCUUAACAUUUCAUUUUGUGUUCCAUGUAAGAAACACUCAUAUAAUGUUGUCAUAUCAAGUCCUUUCAAAUUAUGCAAACUCUGCUCACAUCUUUAAUUUUUUCAACCCUCUCCCUGGCAGUAAUUUGUCACGUUUGACUUCUGUGUCCUGUAUGAUUUCAUUUAAGGGUUUUCCACUCUCUGCAGUCAUGACCCAGUUCUCAUUCUAAAGAACAAAAAAUGUGAACCUCUCCUUAAGAAAACAUUAAUCAAAAAAAAAAAAAAAUGGUCCCAGAAGCAUGUACCUUUUGUUAAUUAUACAGUGGUUGCGAUGAGUGUCAACCAAAACUUUUCAUGCAAACAAAUAUAUCGCGACUGUUGUACAGUUUAAAUAAAAUAAAUACAGUUUUGUUCUCA